GUAGGACCAUAGAGCCUUCUAAGUCAUGUGACCGCUGUUCCUCAUGUGUUCCAGAGUACGUAGUAAAAGUUGACUGUAGCUAAAGUUAGGUUACUUUAUCGGCAGAUUACAGAAAGUGAUUGUAUUCGCUGAAAACCAUGGCAGAACACAAUUUAGCCAUUCCUAUGGCUGUUGUAACGCUGUUUUGGGGUUUCGUUGGAGGAGUUGUACCGUGGUUUAUUCCUAAAGGACCUAACCGUGGGGUCAUCAUUACAAUGUUAAUACUGACAGCUGUCUGCUGCUACUUGUUUUGGCUGAUAGCAAUCCUGGCACAGCUGAAUCCUCUGUUUGGGCCGGCCUUGAGCAAUGACACCAUUUGGUAUCUGCAGUAUCACUGGCCUUAAAGCACAAUUCACCACACCACAGAAACAAAAUAUUUUCUCUGCAUUUCACCAUUGAGGACCAUGAGGACCAAAACAACAUAUCUACUCUUUGUCACUCUCAGACAAAUUUGAGCUCGGAACCUGAUUCAUCUUGCCAUCAUUUUCUUCAGAUACUUUGUGAAGGCUCUUCAAUUCUAUGGGUUGAUGAAUUGGAAAGGGGACAGAGGCAAUACUCUCAGCUCACAGUUCUCUCUCACAGCUCUCUCUCUCUCUCUCUCUCUCCCUCUACUUUAAAUUCAAUAUGUUUUCCCACUAUUCUGUAUGAAAUACUUGUGCCACUAGACAGACAGAAGAGGUGAAAGUGCAAGUUUCUUGUCUGUACAAAGCAUCAUUCAGCCUCGCUUUUUGUUUAGGGUUUGUGUUUCUGCUGAGUAACUCCCUAUUUAGUGAAAAGGUUGGCACAAGGCCCUGGAACGCGGGCGGAUUCUAAGCAGCGGGUGCAUUGCAGACUCCUCAAGAUUGCCCAGAGCCUUGGACAGGGGCCUGAGCUGACAGUCUUGGAACUUCCCAUCAAAGUAGCCCAAGCCCCCACCUCACUUCUAUUCUUGAAGCCUUGACAAGAACUCUGAGGGUUCUUUCUAAACCGUCAGGUUGCAGAAACUCUGACCCUAAAUUCUUGCUCUAAAUAAGUAUUGCCCCCACAUUGUUUAUUACACUUGUUAUUUGUGUGCCUUUUGAUCUGCUAAGGUAUGUCUGUCUAAUUAUGGAAAUUAAUGAUUGCGUAUUUCACCUUAAUGCCACGAUUUAACAGCACAAUUUACUGAUUUUGUAAUUAAGAUUGAUUAAUGUUGUUAUACACAUUUUCGAUACUCAUUACCGUCAUAGAGCAUGUAAUUUAUAGGUUAUUCUAGAUUGCCAAAUAAUUACAAGUGCAUCCUGAAUUAAAUGUCUGAUUGUA